AUGAAACGGCUGUUGAACAUUGGACGUGCUCAGCCUCCCGAGGACCCUCAGAAGUGGGUCCCCAUUCUUGGAGAGCUACAGAAGACCCUCCAGAAGGGCGAAUACCUGCCCCUUCGCCCGCUGCCCAUGUUCGAGAGUAACUUUGUUCAGGUGACCAAUAAUGGGGCUCCUGCGUUCGUGCACCACAGAACCAACAAGCUGACUAUGGCUGUCGCGGCCUCCUUGCCUGGCCUAGUGAUGCCUGACAUUCUGUUACUUGCUCAGCCCCCCGAGGACAGGGACUGCAAAAAUCUCAACCUCACCAGGAUGAUCCCGCUAGACCUUGCCCACCUCUAUGUCCACGAUCUGCCCAGCUGGCGCCUGAAGCUGAGGCUGAUCACUGGCCGCUACUAUUACCUGGAACUGGAUGCCCCUGACCAUGAGCUGGCCUUUCUGUUUGACCGCUGGAUUCGCCUCAUCAGCCUGCUUCACCAGCCUACCUUAUCCUGGGCACCCAGGACCAUGGACACGCCCCCCCUGGACACACCCCUAGACGGAGCACCAGCCUCCACCUGGUGCCUUCAGGCCCAGCCUCCAGCCGGAUUAACAGUUCAAGUUACAGAGCGCACCUUUCCUUAUAAAAUAUUCUCUUCUCAAAAACAAAGAAAGGCCAAGGUGAGGCAGCCAGUGUGUGUGGCAUGCAUGCAUCUGUGUGUGUGUGGCCCAGGGGCUGCCACUCCACUCCUUUCACUGUCUCCUCCUGCCCAUGGACAGAUGGUCAAGCACACCCUCAGGUCUCAGGCUGUCGGGGACUGUGUGCCUCUCAUCUGGUCACAGCUGGAACCUCUUGAGGAUCAGAUGAAAGUUGCAGAAAAGAAGUCCUGCCUAGAUCCCUGUGCUGACAGCUCCGACACAGUGAUCCAGGUUUCUGACAAGGACAGCAUCACCAUCCGAACCAUCUUCAGCAUCAUCUCUGGCACAUUGCACCAGGAACACACCAGUUCAAAGGCUGGAUCUGAUUCUGAGGAUACCAUGGGCCGGGGAGGUCUAAUUGAGACACCCACACAGUGUAUCUCUCACAAAAACGCUGAUUUGCCUUUCAUGGACUCCUGUGACAUGGACACCUUCAUGUGGUCCAGAGACGUGGAAGACCUCAUAGACACCGAGUCCACCAGCCUGUCUUCCUCCUUGCACACGUGUACUUACCCUCCUGCCUUCCACGUGAUUCCACCUGGCCCCUCCUGCCUAAAGGCCACUGACAAGGCCAAGCCCAUAGGCUCAGCAAAAUAUCUGGGGACACUGUCCCGCAAGAAGGCUCCAUCUGCCCCAGCCACAGCACGGAAAACACCAUUCAUUUUGGACAAGUCUACUAAGGUACAGGCUGAGCCUGCUCCAACUCAGAAGGUCCCAGAUGCACUACGGUCAGCCCAGAAGUCUUCAGCCCCACCCUGCCUCUCCCAUAAGGCUCCAUCUUCUAUUCCCCAGAAGGUCCCACCUGUUCCUGGACCCCCCCGGAAGGCCCCAGUUCUAAUUGUCUCACCCAAUAAAAAUUUAUCCCCAAUUCAGAAGCUUCCACAAGCACCUGCAAGUUCCCAGAAAGCCAUGUCCCCAAAGAAGGACUAUCAAUCACUAAAUGCCCAAUUUCAGAAGGCUCCAACUGCCCAGUUGCAGAACGUUCUCAACUCACAGGCCAAGGCCCCUGUGGAUCCUACCAUGCUACUGGUAGGAGACAUGCUUCAAGAAAAGCCCAAAGGGAAACAGGAACCAGUGAUGUUCGUGGAAGGGCAGAAGACAAAAGUGGUAGACAUGAGGGCUCAGACCAUGUUCUCGCAUCUGUCCUCUACCACUAACAAAAAGAAAUCCAAGGAAAUCUUGAUUAGCAAAAUGCAGGAGGUCACUCUGGAGGCCUUGAAGGGCAGGGAGAAGUCGGAAGACAGGGCCCACAAGAUGGAAGAGGAAACAGCUGUGAACUUGCCUGAUCUGAAGCCCAAGGAGAUAGAGAUGCAGGAGAAAUGGGUCUUGGCUGAGGAGGCAGGUCUUGAGGGCCCCCGCACAGAGGACAACAGGCCCUUCUCUGUGGAGGGGCUCACCCUUGCCAAGAUGAUGAUCAUAGCCAACUCCAAACACCAAUACCUGAAGCCAGCUACUGCGUCUCUGCCCUCCUGGUUCUCUAUGACUUCCAGAGGAUCUGCCAUGUCUGUGUUGGCCAAUUUGCCCCUUAACAUCAGCCAGAUGCACUUGACAGAGGCUACACAAGUAGUGCUCAAGGAACAAUCAGGGUCCAGUGCUAAUGUGAAGGAGGAGAACACACAGCCCCAGAUGAAGGGGAAGCCAGGUGAAGACUCGCUGAGGACUUCCAAGGAACCCACAACUGACUUGUGAACGACUUCCAUGUCCGUCACAGCAAUAACAUCCUACACAACAUUCUCCACCUCUGUGACAGAGACCUUAGACAAGGUGCCCCAAAGGCCUGGAGUAAAACACCACGAACUCAAGAAGGCACAAACACAGGAGCAUUCUCUGGCUGUGAAAGGGUCAACCUUAGAAAUUCUUUUUCCCACUGUCUUGGAAAAGGAGAAUAAGAGGAAAACACCCAGGAAGGCUGAGGAGCUAUAG